ACAAAUCGACACGUCGUUUCGAAUGCCGUCGCAUCAAUUUACAUUAAAACCAGAUUUAUCUAAAUUCCUCUUUCCCCAUUUAUUCCCUCACUUUCUUUUCUCUCUCACACACACACCCUACUCACUUUCACAUCACAAAGAGUGCUCUCUCUCUACCUCAACAACACAAACUAUAAUAUAGUAACACACACUAGAAUAUAAUACACACACUUUUUUAUAUAUAUGUGCGUCGCCGGCUUCAUUUCGACCUAAUUCAUCGAUUGACUGAGUUUUGGUGAGCUGAUUUGUGUGUAACUCGCUUGACUCGGUGGAAACCCUAGGUUUUAUGAAGCAGCGAGUGAGUUGAUGAGCUCUUAGCUUCUCGUUUUCAUGGAGGGAGGUAGCGUCUCUACACUUACUUGUUAUGCCCUAAACCGAUGGAUUAUGACAACAAUGAAUUUGAAGCCCAUAGUCAUAAGUUGAGUGGUGAAGAGUGUUCCAAGGUGUCUUCGGUCUUGCAUCCUUAUGCUCUUCCUAAGUUUGAUUUUGAUGAUAACCUUCAAAAUCACCUAAGAUUCGACUCUUUGGUUGAAAACGAAGUUUUCCUUGGAAUUUUAAGUCAGGAAGACAAUCACUGGAUUGAGGAUUUCUCUCGGGGUAGCAGUGGAAUUGAGUUUAAUUCAAGUGCUGCAGAGUCUUGUUCUGUAUCAAGGCGUAAUAAUGUUUGGUUUGAGGCAACAUCCUCAGAAUCUGUUGAAAUGUUAUUAAAAUCAAUUGGGCAGGAAGAAGAAGCUGCCUUGGGAGAAGCUGUGAUAGAGGAAUCAGAUGCUGUCAUUAAAGUAGGUACUUUAGAAAAGGAAAUGGAUCCUAUCUUGAAUAAACAAGAUGAAGUGGUGGAUAAUACUCUUCCACAACAUGAAUUACUACCAUAUAGUGUUACAGAUAACCUGGAAGAUAGUGCUCUGCCUGAGCAUGCGAAUGCCUUAUUUACUUCAGAACCUCAAAGAGAUGGUUUUUGCAAUUCUUUAUGUUCUGCUGAAGUUGAAUCAAAUGUUGAUGUUGUCUUGGUGAAUGCGGAAAAGUUGAAAGAUGAUUUAAAAUCUGGUGAUGCGAAAGGAGUGAUAAAUGAAAAUUUAACUAAUAAAUCACCAACUGAAAAUAUGAAGGAAGCUUCUUCUGUAUCUGCUGUGCACAUGGAGAUGCUAAAAAUAGAGAAUGCAAACUCUGUUUCACAUAAUGCCAUUGUGAACUCUGGUGAAUUGGAGAAGCAAGUUAUAACUGUUUUUGCCGAAUCUGUUGAUGCUUUGCCUACAGGCAAUAUUGCGGGAAAUAAAGUAGAGGUUAGCAUAACCACUUCAGAGGUGCCUUCUGGAACACCUAUUAAGGUUGGGGAUCACUCAAAUAUGCUUGUAGACUUUGAAGAUAAUUUGAGUGCUGCAGCUCGGCAUACCAAACUUUUGAAUUGUUCUCCGUGUGAGGAUGCUCCUGUAGUCUGCAGUAGUGAUAAUAAUCCCAAUGAAAAGGUAGUUGAGGUCAGCAAUACUCAGGCUGUUGCUUCUGCCUGUCCAGAGCUGGACAUGGGUUCUGUUGAAGAGAAGGAUUGUGGGAGCCAAGCAGUCAGUACGGAGAGCCCGAACGUUGGCAACCCCAAUAGUCAGAUAGAAAGUUCCCUGUGCGAGGUUUCUCCUGUAGUUUGUAGUAAUGAAUAUAAGCCCAAUGAGAAGGUGGUUGAGGUUAGCAAUACCCAGGCUGUUGCUUCUGACUGUCCAGAGCUGGAGCUGGGUUCUGUUGAAGAGAAGGAUCUUGGGAGUCUAGUAGUCAAUCUGGAAGUCCAGAACAUCGGCAUCCACAGUAGUGAGACGGAAACUUCAUCAUGUCCAGAUCUGAAGAUGGAUUUGGCAGUGGAAAAUGAUAGUUUCGCUGGAAGUAGCCAUCAAAUGGGUUCGCAUGUUUUAGCAGAGGCAACUGUGUCAGGCGACAAUGACCCUGGUUAUACCCAGCAUACCGGAAUUACUGAAGAUGUUGGUGUAGAUCUUUCUAGUUUGUCAACUCCACUCACUUCAGGUGAAAGGGAACAACCUUUGGAUGGAAACAUGACUCCUGAAGGUUGUAGAUCACCACCUACACUUGGCAAGUCAGUAAAUCCCAAGGAAAAAGAUGUUGCCUCUGAGGAAAUUGUUCACACUUGUGAACAGGUUGUAACUAUUAAUGAGAGGUUGAAUGGAGGGUCGCAAACCGAAUCUGUUGACAUGGAAUGCAAAGUUAUUGGAUUAUUACCUAGUGAUAAAUGCAGAGAAGCAAUGAUGAUAGAACCCCAUGGGUCAGAUUUCAGGGACACUAAAGAACAAGCAAAGGAAUUCACUUUUAAUGUGCAGACAGCACCUGAGGUUGGGGUUAUGUCUAUGGACACUGACAAAAGUUAUGUCGCGGAAACUGAAGGACAUGAUAAUACAGGCUUGCGGGGUCGGAAGGAGUCUUUACCAGUGGAAACUUGUCUAAAUCCAGUGAAUGUAGAUGGGGAAGGCCGGAGUGACCAAGCAGCAGCUGAAGCUGGUACUGAGUGUUCUGAGAAGCAGGAAGUGUGUUCUGUUUCAGUUGAUUCAACAGUAAAACAGGUUGAUGGCACUGCAGCCGCCGAAUUUCAAAAAGGUAAAGAAAUACCAAUGGAAAAGAUUGCUGAAACUUCAUUGAAAGAAGUUCCAGGAGCUAUGGAAGUAUCAAAGGCUGAGCUUUGUCUGGUUCAGAGACAAGAGGAUCUUGAUUCUGUUGCAGCAUUUGAGAAGCAGAAUGUUCCUGGAACCAAAGAUGACGAUCAAGCUCCUGGUGCACUUGCUUGCACUUCAGUAUAUGGGUCUGACAGUAUGGUUGAAGAUUGUGGACAUCCGCUGAAUGUCAAAGAGACAACAAUAGACAGUUUUCAGCAUAUUGAGUUGAGUGGUGCUGUUGGAACAGAUAUGUCUGUUCCCUUGAACAGCGAAAUUGAAGCAACUGGAGGACAAAGUAGCUUUAGUUUUGAUGUCUUUCCAUCCAACAGUCCGUCUAAAGGGCAAAUCAGCAAGGAUUGCCAAUCGUUUCCUAGCAUCCAGGUCAGCAAGGGACCUCUGUUGACAUCUAAUAGCGACCAGGCAGAUUUAAAGACGGCGACAGAAUUUUCUUGCAUAACUCCCCAGGCACCUGGAGUGGGGAAGGUGGAUGUAAGUGUUAAAGGAACUCCCAAGCCUAAAACUAGGCGAGCUUCUGGCAAGGCAUCUGUAAGAAGUGCCAAGAAGGGAAGCAACUUGAAGGAAGCUACACCUGGAAGACAGUCUGAUAAAAAGGAAAAUUCACCUUCGUUCAUGCAAACUCCUAGGACUGGGCAGCCGGGACAAUUUAAAGAGUUGAAGCCCUGUGGCGAUGUUACGAAAAGUGGCACAAAACCUUUGGCUUUUCUUCCUAUUCCCACAUCCAAUCUUCCAGAUUUGAACACGUCAGUUCCUACAGCAGCAGGAUUCCAGCAGCCUUUCACAGAUCUUCAGCAAGUGCAACUGCGAGCACAGAUAUUUGUUUAUGGGUCUCUUAUACAAGAGUCUGCACCUGAUGAAGCCUGCAUGAUCUCAGCCUUCGGCCCAUCUGAUGGUGGUGGAGAUGUUUGGGGGUCGGCAUGGCGUGCCUGUGUGGAAAGGGCACAUGCUCGAAAAUCUUCUGCCAGCAAUAUGGGAACCCCAGUACAGUCAUUUUCAGGCGGGAAAGCUCCCAUUCAACCAUUUAAACACAGUAUACUUCAAAACAAACCUCUUCCUUCACCUGCUGGUCGAGCUAGCAGCGAACUUAUAUCAUCACCUGCAGUCACUCCUAUCAUACCUCUAUCCUCACCCCUCUGGAAUGUAUCAACCCCGUCUUGUGAUGGUUUGCAAUCCAGUGGCAUGCUAAGAGGGGGACUAGUUGAUUGUUAUCAGCCACAUUCACCAUUGCAUCCUUUUCAGGUUCCAGGCACAAGGAAUUUUGUGUGGCAUAGUCCCUCUUGGCCCUCGCAGGGCCCCUUUUCAAGUUCAUGGAUGGCUACUUCACAAACGUCUGCUUCUGAUGCCAAUGUUCGCUUCUCUGUCUUUCCCAAUACAGAACCUGUGAAACUAACCCCUGCUAAAUAUUCGUCCGUGCCAAGUUUUCCUGCCAUGAAGAUUGCAUCUGUUCCUGUUCCUAAUGAUAGUUGUGUCGCUGCUGUUUCUACUGGUGCUUCUUCCCAGCCUUCUGUUUCGAAUCCUAGAAAGAGAAAGAACAGCCCUGCUAGUGAGGCUGUAGGCAAUAUACCGUUGCUAGGUUUAAAUCAGGGAGCAUCAGUCUGGCAUCCCAGUGUUAAUAAUCAGUUGACUUCUGUGCCCGAGAUUGUUGGCCAGACUUUGUUGCUUCCUCAAAGUCGAACAGAUUCAGUUCAAACGGCUGCUGUCAGUGCUGUCUUCUCUACUUCAGUUGCUGUCACAGCUCCGGAUCACUUCAAUUUUGGAAAUAGUUCUGGAAAUAUUCUUGGCAAUCAACCUAAUAGAGUGGGUAAGAACGUGGAGAGGAGUUGUAUUCCUGUGCAAAUAUCAAGUACAGUUGAAGAGGCUAAAUUACAUGCCGAGACUGCUGCCGCACAUGCAGCCAAUGCUGUUGGUCACUAUCAUGAUUUUUGGAGCGAGUUGGAUAAACAGAAGAACCUGGGUGUAAUAUCUGAUGUCGAAGCUAAGCUUGCUUCUUCUGCUGCAGCUAUAACUGCAGCUACUUCCGUUGCAAGGGCAGCAGCUGCAGCAGCUAUGAUUGCAUCUAAUGUUGCUGUCCAAGCAAAACUAAUGGCUGAUGAAGUAUCUUCCUCCAGUGUAAUUGUGGAUCCAACUCACAGCAACAGUUCAAGUAAGGCAACUUCCGCCGGCGGAGAAAGACGGGAAGGGAGUGUGCAUCCCAGCUCAAUAAUUGCAGUUGCUAGGGAAGCAGCUAAGAAGAGAGUUGAAGCUGCUUCAGCUGCCUCAAAACAUGCUGAAAAUUUGGAUGCCAUUGUUAAAGCAGCUGAACUGGCUGCAGAAGCAGUAUCUCAAGCUGGAAAAAUCCUCUCUGUUGGCGGCACUUUGCCUUUAAGCGCAUUGAAAGAAAUAGUUCCAGCGGCCUCUGAACAAGGCGCAAAUAAACACAUUGUCAACUGUGAUCAACCAAAAGCUUUUAGUAUUGAGCUUUUUAAUUUUUCGGCUGAAGAGUCUAAAAGAGGAUCAUCUGCCAUGGAGGCCAUGAAAACAGGUAAACUUCCAAGCCAGGAAAAAGAAUCAUCCAAGGCACAAAGAGGUGGUCGGGAAUCUAAGUUGACUAAAACCCAUGUUAUUGCGGAAGCAGAAGCUGGAUCAAGAUGUGUUUCAGGUUUUGUUGAUGCUGCAUCUGCUGCCAAUGCAGCAGAAUCGUUAAUUGAGAAUGUGAUGGAAGAGGGUUGCCUUGUCGAGGUUUUUAAAGAUUGUGGCAAUGGUAAAGCAGCAUGGUAUUCAGCCAAUAUAUUGAGUUUGAAGGAUGGAAAAGCCUUCUUGUCUUACACUGAUCUCCAAGCGGAAGAUGGGACUGGACAGUUAAAAGAAUGGUUGCCACUUCAAAGUGAUAGUAUUAGCAUGCCGACAGUUCGUGUUGCCCAUCCGACAACGACUAUGAGAUUUUUUGAUGGCACUCGGAGGAAACGAAAAGCUGCAGUGAUGGAAUAUUCUUGGUCAGUCGGGGACAGAGUUGAUGCAUGGUUGCAAGACUGCUGGCGUGAAGGAGUUGUAAAAGAGAAAAACAAGAAUGAUGAGACUACAUUAACGAUUGAUUUCCCAGCUCUUGGAGACACAUCAGUUGUAAGAGUUUGGCAUCUUAGGCCAACACUGACUUGGAAAGAUGGGAAGUGGAUUGAAUGGUCUAGCCCAAAGCAGCAGUCCCCAUCCCAGGUGGAUGGACCACGGGAAAAGCGUGCGAGGCUGGCUAGUCCAACAGAGGCCAAAGGGAAGGAAAAAUUCUUACGAGGCCUUGAUCCUUUAGAGUCAAGAAAACUUGAAGAUUCAAGACUGCUGCCUAUUUGUGAAAAUGAAAAAGAAUUUAAUGUUGGUAAGAAUACUGUUCUUGCAAAUAAACAAGAGAAGCGGAGAAUAGCGCGAACUGGUCUGAAGAAAGAAGGUUCAAGGGUAGUUUUUGGUGUUCCUACACCAGGAAAGAAGAGAAAGUUCAUGGAUGUAAGCAAACACAUUGAUUCUGAUAAGAGCAGUACAAUUAUGAAAACGGACGAUCCUGUAAAAUAUGCAAGAAAUGUGGCACCUCAAGUGUCAGGAUUUCGUGGAUGGAAAAGUUCUACAAAAGAUAAUAAGGACAAGCAAGCUGCUGAAGAUAAACCCAAAGUUCUUAGGUCAGGGAAGCCACCAAGUGCUUCCAAUAGAACUCUGCCCCGUAAAGAUAAUAUCUUGACUUCUAACAGAUCUAUGCCACGUGAUGCGUCAGCAACCGAUAGAACAUCAGGUGAUGCUAUUAGCAAUGAGGAGACUUGUACGAGUCAGGAGAACCUGAUGGAAUUUGGAUCUGUUUCUGAUUCUCAGGAUACUUCUGAAGGUCAAACAUUAGCUUCCUCGUUAGGUUUUUCACGAGUUCCUUCAAAAAAAGGUUCUUCAUCAAAUUCUAGAUCAGAAAGGCGGAAUAAAGGAAAAUAUGUACCUCAUGCUGGAAGAAAUAGUAAAAAAGAUGAACUGGAAGAAAAAUUGGUUCACGAGGUUGUGGAACCACGUAGAUCAAAUCGGAAAAUACAGCCAACUUCAAGGCUAUUGGAGGGGUUACAGAGCUCGCUUAGCAUCCCAAAGAUGCCUUUUUCACACGACAAAAGUUACAGAAGCCAGAGCAGGAGUAAAUCUUAGAGGUCACAGGUUUCUAUGAUUGAGAGGAGCUUUUAAGAUAGAAAGAUGAUCUGGUCCAAAUCAAAAAAGGCUGGGUGGAUGAUGUUGUGUAUAAUUGUAGGCCAGGUAGCAAUAGUAUAUGUGCCUCUGGGUGCUUAAGCUGUAGGAAUUGUUAGUUGUUUUCACUUCCUCCUGGUGCUUAAGUUGUAGAAAUUAGGUUGUAGAGAUGUUCAUCUGUCUAUUUCUUCACAUGGUUGUUCUAACCGAGAUUCUGGUUUUAUUUUAUAGGUUUAUAUGUUCACCAUGUGAAGUCAAAUAUGUUACGCUUUAAUUUUUAAUUUUCUUAAUUUUUUAGAUUUUAAA